ACACACACACACGGAGAGAGAGAGAAAACUGAAAACGUCUUAUUUUGAAAGACUUUCAUCCAUGUGGAUAUUUGUCAUCUCUGGAUUUCAUUUCACUGGAUUUCUAUUUUUAAAUUCUUCACAAGACGGUGACCGGGACAUCAGCGGCAGCUGCGGCCGCUCGUGUCGCUCCUCACUGCGGACUCUUCCUCCUCCUCUUCGCCGUUUUCCCGCGCUGUGAGCAUGAUGUCAUACCUCAAACAGGGUCCGUACGGGAUCAACGGACUGGGCCUGAGCGGAGCCGCCAUGGACCUGCUGCACCCGUCAGUGGGUUUCCCCGCGAAUCCUCGUAAGCAGCGCCGGGAGCGAACGACAUUCACGCGGACUCAACUCGACAUCCUGGAGUCUCUGUUCGCAAAGACGCGAUAUCCCGACAUUUUCAUGAGGGAGGAGGUGGCGCUAAAGAUCAACCUGCCCGAGUCCAGAGUCCAGGUGUGGUUUAAGAACCGACGAGCCAAAUGUCGGCAGCAGCAGCAGAGUAGCAACAGCAGCAGCAGCAGCAAAGUCAAAGCCAUGAAGAAGAAGUCGUCUCCGACCAGAGAGAGCACGGGCUCAGAGAGCAGCGGCCAGUUCACGCCCCCGGCGGCCGUGACUAGCUCCGCCUCCUCAGCUCAGUCCUCCUCUUCCUCAUCCUCUUCCUCAGUCUCCUCCGGCCUCAUCAGCACAUCCACCUCCGUCACCGCCCCGGUGUCGUCCAUCUGGAGCCCCGCACCCAUCUCCCCGGCCCCGGCCCCCGCCGUGCUGCCCGACCCCGCCGCCCCCACCAGUGCCUCCUGCAUGCAGCGCUCCAUGUCGUCCUCGGCCACCGGGGGGGCGCCGUCCUACCCAGUGUCCUAUGGGCAAACGGCGGCAGCGGCGUAUGGUCAGAGCUACCCGGCCUCCGCGACCUCAGGCUCCUACUUUGGCGGCGUGGAGUGUGGCUCGUAUCUGGCGCCCAUGCACUCGCACCACCACCCACACCACCCGCACCAGCUCAGCCCCAUGACCGGCAGCUCCAUGUCCGGACACCCGCACCACCACAUCAGCCAGGCUUCAGGACACCACCCCCAUCACCACCACCACCACCCGCCGCACCACCACCAGGCGUACAGUGCGCCGGGCCUCACCUUCAACUCCACGGACUGCCUGGAUUACAAAGAGCAGACGGCGGCGGCGGCAGCGGCCGCGUCCGCCUGGAAACUCAACUUCAACACUGCCUCCGACUGUUUGGACUACAAAGACCAGGCAUCGUGGCGUUUCCAAGUGCUGUGACAUCCUGUUUCUCUUCUUCUGAGGAAACUAACAGUAGAGUUGUUGGGGGUUUUUUUGUGUUUUUUUUAAAAAAGGUUAUUUGAGCCAAAACGUAGCGUGACGUCACCUGGGAUUAUUUUUCUAAUCCAGAAUUUGAGGGAAACGAUGACUAGUUCUGGAUAUUUAAAGCGUGCCUGUGUGUGCGACUGACACUUGGUCAGCUCUGAGAUCACAGUGCACGCCCCCUGCUGGCCUCCUGUGUCGACAACCAGUCUCCAGUUUCCUCAGUGAAGACAUGGCUACCAGCAGAGCCGCUUCACUAAAAACUCACGGAAUAAAAACUUUGUCAGAUGAAGUCUGUGAUUUUUGUAAACCACUCACUCUCCCACACCAAAGUCCAUAGAAAAGAAUCAGUGAUUUUAGCUGGCGGGGACAGAGGAGCUGUUGGUCUGCUGCUGCCUCGUGUGGUCACUUUGUGUCACUGAGAUUAAUCUGAAAGAAGAAUUUCAAAUGCAGAAUUUUACAUAAUAAGACAUUUGAAUUUAGUGAUGGAGGCAGCAGUGGAUCAACAACUCC